AUGUAUAGUGUCGACCAGCCAAGAGACUUUGUCGACUACACAGACCUCGAUAUCGAGUCGGAGUGGAACCCACAGUACCAGGACUCUCCAGUGCUCGAGGCCAACGAGCCCGACUGGAUCGACGAGACCCCAGGCACCCCUUCCGAGGGCCUCAUGUACGAAUGUGCUUUUUGCCUCCAUGCCCAUCUGCCCCUGCUGCCAUGCAACGGACUGAACUACACGUUCCAGCUUCCCCAGCUGGCUCUGCACGCCUACGGCUUUGAAACCCCGCGGCUGGAGCCCGUGGAACGCAGCAAUGGCAUCAUCCAGCUGAACUACAGAAAGUGGUUGGUGUCGGUGACACCCCGUUGA